UCAGCCAGACAGCGAGAGCGAACCCGGUGUGAAUCGAGGAGGACGCACAGCAGAAACGGCCUGCCUCUGAUAGAGAACGGGGAAACCACCGUACACCUGCCCUAUUCCCUCUUCGGCGGGCAGGGAGCUUGUACAGAACAGCUCCCUGGACUGUAGUCGUUUGUUUUUGUUAAUGGUUCAAUGAAUGGCCUCCAUGGAGUCUCAUGGGAGGAGAGAUGAGCCGCUGAAGACGAACCUUUGAGUUGAAUCUCAAUCAGUCAGACGCUCCAGACGAGAAUCCGAGCUGUCCCAAUAUGGAGCUCAACAAACUGUUGACUUUCUGGAUGGUGUGUAUAUGCUUCUUGUGGGAAUGUCGAGCAGACAAGCCUGUUCAAGUUAGCACAGACCCCCAAUCAGUGGACAACGGUGUGUCAGAGCUUUGCCGCUUUGACAAACCCCUUUGCCAGGAUGAGAAUGCCAUCCUUAGUUUUGAGGCCAUCCGCAGCAUUCACAAACAAAUGGAUGACGACGCCAAUGGAAAUGUGGAUGUUGCAGAGACUGAUGGGUUUUUAAGAGAGGACCUCAAUUACCAUGACCCUAAAGCCAAGCACAACAGUUUCCAUGGCGACGACCAGUUCAUCAGCGUGGAGGACCUGUGGAAUGCUUGGAAGAGUUCGGAAGUGUAUAACUGGACAGUGGAUGAAGUCGUGAAUUGGAUUGUCGACUACGUUGAGGUGCCACAAUAUGUAGAAGCUUUCCGCAAGAUGAAUUUCAAUGGUACCGCCAUGUCCCGUUUGGCUGUGAAGAACGCCACUCUGACACAAACAGUGUUGAAGAUUCUGGAUAGGAGUCAUGUUCAGAAACUACAGCUCAAAGCUUUGGACACGGUUCUGUUUGGAGCUCCUAUGAUGAACAGACAUAACCAUCUGAAGGACUUUAUGCUGGUCGUGUCUAUAGUCAUCGGUAUAGGAGGCUGCUGGUUUGCUUACAUCCAGAACCGCUCCUCUAAAGACCACAUGAAGAAGAUGAUGCAAGACCUUGAAAGCCUCCAAAGGGCGGAACAGAGCCUUGAUGACCUCCAGCAGAAGCUUCAGAUCGCUCAGGAGGAGCAUCGCUCCGUGGAGGUGGAGAAGGUAAACUUGGAGCAGAAGUUGAGGGAUGAGAUCAACGCCGCCAAGCAGGAAGCCCAGAGACUGAAGGAGCUCCGUGAGGGAACCGUCAAUGAGCUGAGCCGACAGAAGUACGCAGAGGAGGAGCUCGAGCAGGUACGAAUGGCUCUAAAGAAAGCAGAGAAGGAGUUGGAGUCUCGCAGCUGCUGGUCUCCUCCUGAAGCUCUGCAGAAAUGGCUACAGCUCACCCAUGAGGUGGAGAUACAGUACUACAAUAUCAAGAAGCAGAACGCUGAGAGACAGCUGCAGGUGGCCAAAGAGGGGGCUGAAAAGAUCAAGAAGAAGAGAAAUACUAUGUUUGGGACGUUCCAUGUGGCACACAGCUCUUCACUGGAUGAUGUAGACACCAAAAUACUUUCAGCUAAACAAGCUCUGGGUGAGGUCACAGCAGCUUUGAGAGAGAGACUCCACCGCUGGCAGCAGAUCGAAAUAUUGACGGGCUUCACGGUGGUCAAUAACCCAGGCCUGCCCUCUCUGGCAUCCUCCCUCAACCUGGACCCCAGCUUCAUGGGCGGCCGUGGUACACCCCAGCACUUCAUGUCCGAUGACAUGGAUGACAUGGACGAGGACAUAGUGGCACCAGGAACCCUGCAAUAUGCUGCCUGGCUUAUGGGCCGUCGAGCGAUUGAUGUUUGGUCUUUGAGUUCGGACUGCCAGUCAUUUUGGAAAUACUCUGCUCCCAGUAUGAUGUCACUCCGCCAACGCCACAUGGACCCACAGCUGGCUCUUGGCUCGCAGAGGUUGGUAGAUACCUGUCUUUUGCCUGGUGGGCAAGAAGGGGAGGGUUGCUCGUACUCAUCCUGGUCAAGGGGAGCACUACGUCAGACGCGCAGCCAAUCAUUUGGGCAGUUCUCUUCAGACUCAUUGGGGCUGCCUCCACUUUCCUCGGCCAUGUCCCAUCCCUCCAUCUACUCCACCUCUGCAUCCCACACUCCCCACUCCUCCUUCGUUCCCGUCCCUCAUGCAACCCACUAUCACUCUUCAUAUUUCCAGCCCUUGGACACCAUCCCAGACAUCCCCUCUGAUGAAAGCCCACAGAGCUGCGGCAACUAUGGGGACCUGAACCGCUCCGACUCUGAUUCCUCCUUAUGUAUAUCCCAGACUGGUGAGCAGCUACGCCUUUCCUACAGCUCCAAAGGCUUCCCUAUAAAGCCCACCUCCCUUUUACACGGCCCCCACUCACGCUCCGAGGAGGGUGCCCCCUCCCAUUCGCACACUCCCAACGGAGGCAACCGAAUCCCAGAUGGGGGUGCCUCUCUGGAUGGAGGUUCUGAUAGCCCCAUUUUAAUGAAAAAGGUGUACGGCAUUGAGAAAUCCGCCAGCAUGAGCGAGAUCCAUGUCUCGCAGAUGGUGAUGUCCAUGUCAGAAUCCUCACAUUCCCUUAGCCCCAACUCCACUGAACCCGACACUCCUUCCCCCACUGGACUGAUUGGGGGCAAGGUAGGAAGCCGCAUCCCUCAGAUCUCCUCAAAAAAGAGCCCCCUAGAGGAGGACUGCGGUUCCAUAUGUGAAGAUACUGACUCUGCUUCCAGUCGCAAGAAACACACCUUCAAGAUCUUCAAGAAACAGAAGAAAUAAGAAAACCUGGACUACUGUUAUUUUUUUUUUCCCUCCCUACUUUUGUUGUUACAAUGAAUGUUUAGAUUUUUUUUUUCCUCCUCCUGGUCAGAAGUUGGCACAACCAAAUUCCUUUUCAAGGUCUUUGUGGGAACAUUUUGUCUUUUUUAGAGGAAUUGUAUUUUCAGAGGAACAACAGCAUGGAUUUUUAGGAAGGGUGGGAAUGAAUCACUAGUGGGAAUGGGUUUGAGUAUAUUUUUUUGGGACUGUAUCAGAUAAUUUAUUCAGCAGGAGCCAGUGCCAGACUUUCAAAGGAUUCUUCCACCUGAUGGACUUUUCUUUCCUUGUAUAAUCCGUAUCUGUUUGCAUGUCUAAGCCUUUGUUUGAUUGAACUUUGAAUGCUUCUAGAUGCUUGCUUGGUUCUUGUUCCCCUUUGCUUAAACAAAAUAUCCUGGUUCUUUUGUUUCUACCAUCACAAACUCUCCUUUGUCUUUCAAGUUAAAACAAAUCGUCGACUGGACAUUUAAUGGUACUCUUCAGUGUUCAUCAGUGGUGAGAAAACUGUACAAGGGCUGAACUAUUGUAUGAAACUCCCCUAAAAUAUGUUGCACUAUUCUGAAUGUUAAUGUGUUGGUUUUGUAAAAAAAAACUAAUUGUGAGGACAUGCUGGAAACACAAACAUGUUUACGCAAAUCAAGACACUGAACGUAUCUCCAAGGCUUCAGGGAUUUCUGGGAUGUGGUGGAAUUAAUCGAUUACAAAUUUUGUGUAGAUCAUUCCAAAUCAUUGAGACAAUACAAGGUGGUUUAUGCAUAUGCACAUGAAAGUUCUGAUGUGAUGUUUUUUUUGUUUUAAACAUUUACUGUAAAAUUGUGGCCUCAUUCAUUGACUGUUUCCAUUGACAUUGGAGACCCUAUAUAGAGACCCCAUUUAAAAAAUGCAAAUGAUAUAUUAUUACAGCUUUAAGAGGUCUUAAGAACAGUUUGUCAGCUUUGUUUAAAAUGGCAAGCCAAAGCCUCUGUACAUAAAAUGUAUACACUUCUGCAAGUUAAAAUUUCUUCUUCAUAAGAGCACAGAUCUAAGACUUUGAAAUACUUUAAUUGGUCUUAAAUACUUACAGAUUGUUUUGGAUACAUUGUCCAAAUUCUGGUGGAAUGACUGAAAAAUUGCAUUAGAGAAUUAGUUCUUCUGAAGUCAUCUGUAAAAGAGUGCAUUGAUAAACUUUAACUGGUAAAUGUUUACUUCAAACUUUUUCAACUGUUUUAAAAAAAUAUGGCAUAUGUUUUGUCCCACAGAAAGCGUAAUCUUUGAUUUUGAGUGCUGUUUGAGUGAAAGCAGGCUAGGCCACAUACUAUUUAUGUUAUAAUGGAGUGGUUUGCUUUUAAGUGGUCAGACUUUUAGGGUUUAACCACUGUAUACAUUUACAGAGAUUGGAGACCAGUUUCUGUUCUUAUGAUUUACAUGAUGUUCCCCAAGAUAAAUUAAUCUUUAUCAAAGAGCAGUAAAACGCACAAGCAUAUUUUGCAUAUAAAGAGUAAGGGGAUUUUAAAAAUUUUUUUAGGUUUGGUUCUGCAGUAAAGGAAUAGUUCACCCACAAAUGUCAUUAUGUGCUCCUCUUUAUGUGGUUUAAUAUAGAAUAUUCUUGCAGCUCUUUUCCAUAUAAAGUGAAUGAGGGCUUAGGUUGUCAAACUUCAAAUUGAAUGGAUUAUUGGCUCUGCUGUACUUGAGAACCGGAUCAGAUUUAUGAACAAAGCAUUCAGACCGGUUUGUAAAAGAUAUAGAUAGUCAGAACUUUUCUUCCACAAAUCGGGCAUUGCUACACUCAUGACUUCUAACGAAUGCGCCAUAGAAAGCUGGGGCUGAAUAAUGACUUCGAUUUUGACGACUUAAGUUACCCGCACAAUCGCUUUCAUAGGCUUGUGGAUCAGUUUCAUGAUACUUUGGUGGUGAAUUCAAAAGUUCACCUUUUGUGUUCCACUGAUGAAAACAAAAAAAGUAUUUUAAUGUAUUUUAAACAUUUAAGACAUUAUAGUUACAUUACUUUGAAACUAUGUGUAUCAUGCUUUAUAAAAGUGGCUUGUCUAAACAGACAGAAUUUUUAUUUUUUGGUGAACCAUUCCUUUAACUUAUUAACUGGGUGAGAUAUUGCUCUAUGCAUUUCAUUGGCUUCUACCUACGAGUUUUAAAAUCAACUAAUCUGGAGUCAAACCUAAGCAAUGCAGCACGAAAUAUGAUUCUCUGUCGAUUUUUUUGUGAAUGAUGGUAAAGGACCAUAUUCAAAUGUAUAUUAACCAAUCAGUCUUUACCAGAUUUACCAGAACUGUUGGUCAGAUGUAUUUGUUUCAUCUGUGCCACUUUUGCACGAAGAAGCUCUUUUAUGUCGGUGUGCGGCGUGUCGGUCCGGUCCAGUAAACUGCACUUCACUGUGUUGAUGCAUGUUCUCAACAACGGAUGGGAAAAGAUGGGGGGCUGUUUUACACACUGUCUCCCUUUAGAUCUUUUCCUGUUCACUUCUCUGUUUGAGUUGUUUAUGCCUAUAAUGUACAGUACAGCGAGAGGUGGGAAAACAGAAAAAAAUGUGUAUCUUCUGUAAUGUUCAAAUCUGUAGUCUUCAAAAUUGAUGGCACUCCUGCAUGAAAGCAAUAAAAAAAGGUUUUAAAAGAA